UCCCACUCGCGCCAUCACCCGACGCAAAGACCACUCUCAGCCAGCCUCAAGGCGCGCGCAACGCCGCUCCUGCGCUUGCGUGGGUCGUCGGCAUGGACAAGCAGGAUGAGAGGAAGAAGCCCCACGGGAAAACAGACCCCAAGAGGGGCGACAUCAUGAAGCGGAUCAUAAAGGACCUCACCGGCGGCGGCAACGACGGCGGCGGCGGUGCCAGUGACGGUGGUGGUAACAGCGGCUCCGGCUCCACCCCCGCUGGCGCCGACUGACGCACAUGGCGCGUGCGUACCCAGUUACGACGGCAGGGGCGAGCGGUGAGCCCCCGUGAAUCCGUGAUGGUUUGUGUAGUUGUUGCUUUCUCGAAUCUGGUUAUCUGGCAAGGCUAGCUGCCGGCUGCGUAUCGUACGUUAGUGUAGGGGGCGGUCAGCGUUCGGAUGGCGGGAUGGGUGGUGUGCAAUUUAAGACUGUGCUGUGUAACACUUGUGCUCAAUAAUUGUGGAUGAUCAAAUCGAUGGGGCCGCACGCCCGCACCUAUUUGCGUC